AUGGAUGAUGUAAUAAAAAAUAAGAUAAUAAAGAAUGAUAAAAAAAUUGUUGUGAUUUAUGAUGAAAUAUAUGAUACUUAUAGAAAAGAACAGAAAGGGAAAAAUGACUACGAGAAAAUUUUGAGAUUUUUUAAUCCAGCUGUAUUAAUAAUUAAAGUAUUAAGUGAAAUAUAUAAUAUAAAAGAUGAAGUAGAAUAUAUUCCAUAUUCAUCAUAUGAAUUGGUAACUACACAAAUAUAUAUAAAUAAGGAAAAGAAAAGUUUAUAUGAAUCUUUAUAUAUAUUAUAUUCUAUAAAUAAAUGUGAAUUACCAAAUAAUGACAUGAAAAAUAUAAAAAAGGUUUUAUCAAAAAAUAGCCAAAUAUUAAUAAACCAAUUAGAUAAUAAUGAUAUGGUACAUAUUCAUUUAUAUAAUAUAUUAAGUGAAUUCGAAGAAGUAUAUGAAUAUAUAUUAUUUUGUUAUAAAAAAUGCUAUGAAAAUUAUACUCGUACCUUUUUCUAUACAAAACAUUUAUAUAAUAAUAAUAAUAAUAUAAUAAAGAACAUUAUAAAAUUAAAGAGAUAUAAAUAUUAUAUAUGUAGGAAAUAUAAAAAUAUUUCUUUUCAAAACAUUUUAAAUAAAUUUAUUAAUGUCUUAAAUUUAUGUACAAAAUUUACAAGUAAUUAUCAAAAUAUCGAAUGUAUAAUUUUCUAUGUAUACUUAUAUAUAUUUUUAAGUAUACCUAUAUUUAUAUUCCCAUGGAAUAAUAUUGAUAACAAAUUAAAUAACAAAAUAUUGAAGGAUGGAAAUAUUAAUAUUUUACCAAAUAUAAUCGACAAAUAUAAAAAUAACUUUUUCUCUCAUAUAUUAAAUAAUAUAAUAGAUCAAAAAAUAGGUUGUUAUGAGACUUAUGAUUUUAAUAUAGCCUUAUUUUUUUAUUAUACAAAUGAAAGACAGAGGAAUAAAUCCAUUUCUUUAAGUCAACAAAAUGAUAAAAAAAAAAACAAUAAUGAUCCGAAUAUAUUAGCAGAAACAGAAACAAACACAUUACAUAUUAAUAAAAUAAAUGAGUAUUAUGUAUUUAAGCAUAUAGGUUAUAAUACCUUAUCUCAAUUUUACAAACCUCAUUUUUAUUAUAUGACAAUUUUGAAAAAGACUUUUAUAUAUAAUAAAAAAAUGGAAAGCAUAGAAAAUCUUUUCUACACCUUGACAAAUCAGCUACUUCAAAUGGAUGAGAGUUAUAAAAAUGGCAUAAAAAAAAAAAAGUAA